AUGCUUCUAAGCACCACCCACAACCUCCAUCAGCUCACUCUACAACCCCAUUUUUGUAAUCACUUCAUCAUCUCUAAACGCACCCACAAAUCCUCUUUACGCCCUUCCCUUACUUUUCCUCGUUCUGUCUCAUCCUUCCUCCAUCGCCGCCGUAUCAUCUCUAACCGCCCCCACAAAUCCUCUUUACGCCCUUCCCUUACUUUUCCUCGGUCUGGCUCAUCCUUCCUCCAUCGCCGCCGCUUCCCCGAACCCCACCACAAUUUCCCCUCCUCCGCCGUUUCCGCCAGCAACUUGGUAGUGUACGAUUCCGAAGAAGCAGAAGAAAAUGAAACAGAAAGUUUCAAUUUUGAUGAGCCAUUUGACUUGAACGAGCUGAAACGAUUUAAAUCUCCGACAGUGGAGUUAAAGGAGCUGGAGGAAUUGCCUGAACAGUGGCGGCGUUCGAAAUUGGCGUGGCUGUGUAAGGAGCUUCCGGCGCAUAAACAGAGUACAUUUACUCGAGUGCUUAACGCGCAGCGCAAAUGGAUUAGGCAAGAGGAUUGCACUUACAUUGCAGUGCAUUGUAUUAGGAUUCGUGAAAACGAGGCUGCUUUUCGCGUAUACAAGUGGAUGAUGCAGCAACAUUGGUUUAAAUUUGAUUUUGCUCUUGCUACCAAGUUAGCAGAUUACAUGGGUAAGGAGCGAAAAUAUUUGAAAUGUCGGGAGAUAUUUGAUGAUAUAAUUGAUCAAGGACUGAUUCCUAGUGAAUCCACAUUUCACAUUUUGACUGUUGCCUAUCUUAGUUCGACUUCCCAAAAUUGUUUGGAGGAAGCUUGCAGCAUUUUCAAUCGCAUGAUUCAGUUGGGAGGUUAUAAGCCUCGGCUUAGCUUACACAACUCUUUAUUUAGAGCUCUUGUGAGCAAAACAGGAGGAUCUUGUAAACAAUUUCUUAAACAAGCAGAGUUCAUUUUUCACAGUUUGACGUCAUAUAGACUAGAAAUACACAAGGAUAUUUAUGGUGGACUUAUAUGGCUCCACAGCUAUCAAGAUGAGAUAGAUAAGAAGAGAAUUGAAUCACUAAGAAACGAGAUGCAUUCCAAGCGGAUUGAAGAGAGUACAGAAGUGCUUGUGUCAGUGUUAAGAGCUUAUUCUAAGGAAGGUUAUAUAUAUGAAGCUGAAAAAACUUGGAUAAAGCUUCUUUCUUGUAAUAAUAAUCCUCCGAAUCAAGCUUUUGUGUAUCUAAUGGAGGUUUAUUCCCGGGUCGGACAACCUUUGAAGUCGUUGGAAGUAUUUAGGGGUAUGAAGGAGCAAGUGGGUUCCGCUAGUGUAACAGCUUACUACAAGAUCAUCGAGGUAUUGUGUAAAACUCGAAAAACUGAACUUGCAGAGUCUCUCAUGGCGGAGUUCAUAAACAGUGGAUUGAAACCCCUGAUGCCUUCUUUUAUUCAUUUAAUGGAAAUGUAUUCUGAUUUAAACUUGCAUGAUAAAAUGGAGUUGACUUUCUUCAAGUGUCUUGAGAACUGUCAUCCCAAUCGAACUGUUUACAAUAUGUAUUUAGAUUCAUUGGUGCAAAUCAGCAAUCUUGAAAAGGCUGAAGAGAUUUUCAGUGAAAUGCUUGGUAAUGAGGCGAUUGGUGUCAAUACUCGUUCGUUCAACACUAUCUUGAGGGGCUAUCUGGCCUGUGAGCAGAAUGUUAAGGCUGAAAAGAUAUGCAGUUUAAUGCGCCAGAAGAAAUUUGACAUUGAUUCUGCAUUGAUGGAAAAGCUCGAUUACAUGCGUAGCUUGCAUUGGGAAGUCAUCGAAAAGCCCACAAGGAUGAAGCUGAGCAAAGAACAGCGAGAAACACUUGUGGGUUUGCUAUUGGGUGGCUUAAAGAUUGAAGUGGACGAGGAGAAAAAGAAUCACUUUUUUCAUUUUGUUUUCAAAGAAAACUUCAUCGUACAUUCCAUUUUAAAGAGACGUGUACAUGACCAGUUCCGGGAGUGGUUAGCUAGUACUGAUAAGCUGGCGGAUGAUGAAGAUGAUAUUCCGUGUCAGUUCUCUACAGUAUCAUACUCUCAUUUUAAUUUCUAUGCAGAGCAGUUUCGGGCCCAGGGUCAGCCCGUAAUUCCUAAACUAAUCCAUCGGUGGUUAUCACCUCGUGUUCUUGCAUAUUGGUACAUGUAUGGGGGUCAUAGGACAUCGACAGGGGAUAUACUGCUGAAGCUGAAGGCAAGUAAAGAGGGAGUCCAGAGGAUUGUCAAAGCACUGAAGCUAAUAGCUUUAGACUGUCGGGUUAAAAGGAUGAACAGAGUGUUUUGGAUAGGAUUUCUUGGGAGCAAUGCCACAUCGUUUUGGAAACUAGCAGAACCCUUUAUUAUCGAUGAGUUAAGAGAUAGUCUAGUAGCAGGUGGCAAAUCCACGGAUGGAGAUGUAGGAACUGUGAACAUAAACUUUGAUAUCAAGUCCGAUUCUGAUGGAAAUCCUUCGGAGUAUAGUGAUAGUGAUAAUUAG